GAAGAAGAAACAGCUGGGAGAAGAAAAGAUUUUGGAAAGCCAUUUUAUGCAGGUGAACUGAAGAAUUCUACCAUGAUGUGGAACGUGACAGUUAUGGUGUCGGAGUUCAUACUGCAGUGCGCAAUUGAUCCUGACCAGAAGACCAUUAUUACCGUAUCACUUGCCCUAAUCUACUUGACGACACUCAUUGGGAACCUGCUGGUGAUCGUGGUCAUUACAAUUGACCUUCACCUCCAUACCCCAAUGUUUUGGUACAUCUGCUGCUUAGCCAUCAUCGAUAUCGCUAACAGCUCCAAUCUUAUCCCACGCAUGUUGGGUAUCCUGCUUUUCAACUCCUCCAUUGUACCCUAUGGACCUUGUUUACUGCAGUUGUCUAUGGUGGGCUAUCUUGGGGUUUUGGAGGGCAAUCUUUUGCUAGUUAUGGCCUGUGACCGCUAUGUAGCUGUGGUUUAUCCCCUGAGGUAUCCAUUGAUUGUUACGAGUAAAGUUGUCUGGUCCAGCAUCUUCCUGGUGAACAUUAUUGGUGUGGUGAUCGUCACGCCAUACAUGGUUUAUGUAAGAGAACUCUCCUUUUGUCGCACCAAUGUUUUGCCUUUCUGCUUCUGUGACUAUGCGACAAUGGUUCAAAUCGCAUGUACCGAUGACCCCAAGUAUAUUGUCAUUUUGUCCAUCACAACAGGAAUAUCGGCGUCAUACUGUGUGACGCUGACCGUCUUUUCCUACUACAAAAUCGCUCGAGCUGCUCUGAAGAUCUCCUCCGUCAAAGGGAAACAGAAGGUCUUCAGUACCCUGCUGACCCACCUGCUGGUGGUGGGCCUCUUCUAUUUCCCUCUGAUGAUCUCCUACAUACUCCCUGGAGUCGGGGUGAAGCUGUCGACUGAAGCCUGCACUUCUUUAAUCAUUGUAGCCAUCCUAGUCCCUCCGAUGAUGAAUCCCUUAAUCUACAGCUUUAGAAAUAAGGAAAUAAAAAGCAGCAUCCGCCGACUUUUCACAGGAAUGAGAACAAAUCCUGAAAUUGAGGAUCCAUAGUAAUCUGGAGUGAAAGGGAGCACAGGGUGUGACCCAUACCUUACAUUUAUAACUCAAUAAGAACAGAAACAGCUUAACACAAUCAACUUCACAAAGUUCCAGUACAAUUUUAAGCACAUUUUUCAACUCGUGAAGAGCAACAUAACUUAAUGGAGAGUUUAAAUCCAACACAAGAUUAUGACUUAUGGAAUGUUAAAUGUGUUAAUGAGGCAAUAAAGAAGUUAAAGUAGGCUUAGCAUUCUCAAGCUUUUGCUGCCAUUUAAAGAAAACAUACA